AUGCUUCUGCUGGAGAUUAUCGCUGUCUGGUUCUUGACUUUGCGUUCCCUAACCAGAAAUAGUUUCGCAACUUAUAUUCCCAGUGCUGUGGAGAACAGAAUCGUGAAGAAGUCAACGCAGCCUAUUCCCCGAAAUGUGCUACGACGAGCGGACCAGAACUGCUCGGUUGAAGUGGUUGUCACAAAAGUUCUGGUCUUGGUCCCUGUCUAUGACUAUCUGACGCUGGACAUCACCAACGCUCCCACAAGCAUCAACACUAUAUAUACAGGCACAAGCUCCGUGUUCAUAACACAGUCGAACCAAAUUUCCCAACUCCCUUUAGCAUACACCACCCACUCAUCACCCUCUUUCUCCUACGUGGAGAGUUAUUCAUUCAUGCUAUCUAUGAUGGUGCUCCAAUCUCAGGGUAAUGAUCGCUUCAGAAAGCGCCAGGGAAACGUAUUCCUCGGCGGAACCGGACAAGCUACAGAUAGCUGCCAGAAUGCCGUGGUCUAUAAUCUGGUCAAUGGGCAGCUGUUUGCGAACUCCAGUGCCGGAGCCUUGCAAUUCGGUACCACUUCUGGAACAACAUAUGCAAAUUUCACAGCCAGUGCGAGCCCCGGAGAUAUCACCACUGCCUUUUCAGUCGACACUCAAAACAACCUCAUGUGGAGUAAUGCCGCGUUUUACAACAACAGGGCAAGAUUUUGUGUCCUUCCUGACAAUACCAUUGUGGCCGUCUUUAGCGACCCGUUGGUGGCGCCAUCCGAUUGUCUUUUUGUAAGCCUGAGCAUGACACGAGUCAGUAGCUGCGCUGCAGCUGUGGGAGCUCCACAACAAAGCGGACCAGCAGGGCCGUCCGGGGCCCUCUGGUCCAUCUGGACUUCAGGACCAUCAGGCCCCUCAGGCCCUGCCGGAGCGACAGGCGCAACAGGGCCAAAGGGUGCAGACUCGAUCCAAUUCGCCUACCUGGGCUGCUGGGCGCAGCGGUGCAACUCGGCCGGCACGUGCGUCGCGCUGGGGAACUACGGGUUCGACAGCCCGAGCACCAACGGCGGCUUCAACGCGACGCUGACGGGCAGCGCGACGGCCAACAUCGACGCGCAGUGCGCCCGCAUCUGCAUCACCAAGAACGGCGCCAACUUCUUCGGCACCGUCAGCGCCGCCUCCGGGGCCACCGCCGACUGUUACUGCGGCGCGGCCAUCACCGGCACCGUCACGCUGCUGUCCAACUGCGUUCCGUGCUACGGGCAGAGCGUGGGCCUUUGCGGCAAGUCUCAGAUGUCGAUCGCCGUGUAUGCGAGGGCAUUUUGA